UUAAAAAAUGUUUCGUUUUUGCUAAGAUAAACCAAUUUUUAGGAGCGCUCGAGCUUUGCAGGCUCCGCAGCGGCAUGGCGCGGAUUCGCCAGCGCCUCUGCUGCUUGGAUUCGCAAGCGCCGUCGUUGCCGACGCCUUCUCCUGCCUCCAAGCAUUUGAUCAGGAUGAAUAAGAAAUCCAUCGCCGACGACUGUGACCUGUCUUCACGUGCGAUUUCCCUUAUCAACUUAGAGCUGCUGUUGCGGAGGCAGCUCCUUCACAGCGCUGAUCGAUCAGUGCUUUCUAAGCAAAGACAGUUAUUUUUCUUUUCUAUUUCAGAGGCGAGAGGUGGAAUGGAUGGGGGAGGUGGUCUCUCCUGGAUGCUCCACAGGACCAAGAUCUCUCCCUGGUGUGGUGGUCACGGGAGGAGCUUUUACUGCUGACUCCCAGGGGGAUCGAGUAGUGAGUGAAAGGUGGUUCAAAGGCCUGGGCUUAUCUCCGGAGACGCGGAGUUUCUGUAUUCGAUGCAGCUCCGAGUUCUGGAAAGCAUGAGUGUGGGGGAUCUCUGAAAGAGCUGUGCUGUUUUCCGGAAACGAAGAGAUCGUUGUGAGUGUGUGGCAUAUUUAUUUUCUGGACGCUGCAGAGAAGUACUAUUUCUGAGAAAACAGAGACACGCUCACUCACAAAGCUGCAGGGGUAAGCUUUGCCGGUACUUUCAGACCCAGUCUCACUCUCGGACUUGCAGUACUCGGCGAAAUUGCUAAGAAAGACGGAUCAAUAUCGUGCUGUGUAUGCGAGCAAGCAUUUGUUCUGGAAUGAGCAUGGCGGGACUCAAGACGGAAAGAGGUGCAUUUCUCUCAGCAGUAGAUCUGUGAAUCUCAAGACACUGUCAAAACUCUCAGGGUGCUGCUGCGCUUAAAGCGAGCUCUCAGAAUUGCCAAUGCUGAAGCAGCGCCUCUCUUCGUUGCAAUACUGUUCUGCUUUCGUAAACUAAGUUCAUUCCAGUUACCUCUACUACUUCGAGAAAGGCGUCCCGGUCCCGCUCGCAGCAGGUCCUUGAUUGUAGUUAAAGCCGAGUGAUCCCUCUCAGCGGGAGUGGACUUUAUCUUCGAAAGAAUCAAAAAGAGACCUCGACCUUGGCAGCGAA